CUUGAUCCACAUAAACCCUAGGUAUAAGUAGAAAUCCCAACCCACGUAUAUAGGCGUAUCGCGAAUAGAAAUUGAAACUAAAUCCUAGCAGCAGCUGCAUUUUGGGAAAUUGGAACUCUUCGCCGGCAAAUCUCCUAAAGAUGAAGAUUGUAGCAGCAUACUUGUUGGCUGUGUUGGGUGGCAACACCUCCCCCUCCGCCGAUGAUUUGAAGGAUAUCCUCGGCUCAGUUGGAGCUGAGGCUGAUGAGGACAGAAUUGAAUUGCUUUUGGCUCAAGUCAAGGGCAAAGAUAUUACUGAGUUGAUCGCUGCUGGAAGGGAAAAAUUGGCCUCUGUACCUGCAGGUGGUGGUGCAGUUGCUGCUGCACCAGUUAGUGGUGGUGCAGGUGGUGGGGCUGCACCUGCUGCAGCUGCCGAAACAAAGAAAGAAGAGAAAGUGGAAGAGAAAGAGGAGUCUGAUGAUGACAUGGGCUUCAGUCUCUUCGACUAGGAAAUUGCAAAAGCAGUUGUCUGUUAAACAAUUUUCUGCGCUUCUGUACCUCGGUUUACUCUAGGAGAAUUUUUUUCCUUUUAUGGUUUUAGCUCUAGUUUUAGUUGGGGAUGUGGAAUUUUGCUGCAGUAAAGCGAGUUGGAGACGAUGAAGAUAUAAUUGAAUUUGAUUUUCUAGUGAUGGGUUAAGUUAUUGCCAACUUGGGUGUUUUUACUGGUUGAUGUUGAUUUAUGAGGGAGCUAUUAUUUGCUGGCGUUUGUCUUCAGAUGUGUUUGCUAUGAAGUUUAAAGUGCAGGCUGUGAAGCUAACAAUCUGUUGGUAAAUUAUGAUUCCGCUUGGUUGAUAGAUUGUUCAGGGAUGCUUUUGCGGUAGAUGUCAGGGCGUAACCGUUGAUCAAACGUACUAUAGGGUUAAUUGCCUAUUCUUGCGUUCUAGAACCUGAAAAAUGUUGAGGUGUACAAGAAUCUCUGUUGUUGAAAAUACUUCGUAGAAAUGUUAAUUUCAGUAAGCGA